GUGAUCACUUUGAUUGCAGCAACUAACACGACCUAUAAUUUUGAGUGGUAUUUUAAUUAAGUGAGCAGUGAAAAAGAAAAGUGUCAGCUGCUUUUAUGUCACAACACUUUUGCUUUUUUCCCACUUUCCUCAAUAAUUCUUCCCCUCACAAUCAUAGCAAAACUGCAAUAAUUCUACAUUAUAUAAAUUCUUCGUUAUCACACGAAUCACAUUUUCCCGUUGUUAAAGCAAUUCCUUUACUCUAAUCGCCGGCCGGCGAAUGGCGAGUUUACCGUCCGACGACGAUGAGUUCGAUUUACAGAGCGAGCGUUUUGAUGAUAGUUACAGCCUAAGUGCUGACGUCAGCGAGUCGGAAACUUGCAGUAGCACGAGUACUUUCUCUUGCCGUCAACAGGAUGCUUCUACUUCUCUGUCGUCUUCUUCUACGCUUCAUUUCAACUCCAAUUCCGGUUUCGGUGAACCGCCUACUGUUAUGUUGCCAGUUGUCGGACACAGACACGUCAUCAUUCCGGCUGAGAAACCGGAUAAACUUGAGACCGCUGAGUUAUCAGAAGUUGAAUUAAUGAAAGAGCGGUUUGCUAAACUGCUGCUAGGAGAAGAUAUGUCUGGAGGAGGAAAGGGAGUCUGUACUGCUCUUGCCAUCUCGAAUGCCAUCACCAACCUAGCUGCCACUGUCUUUGGGGAACUCUGGAAGUUGGAGUCAUUAGCGCCACAAAAGAAAUCGAUGUGGCGUCGAGAGAUGGAAUGGCUUGUCUCUGUCAGUGAUUCGAUAGUAGAACUUGUACCUUCUGUGCAAGAGUUUCCUGGUGGUGGGAAUUUUGAGAUUAUGGUCACUCAACCACGGUCAGACCUCUAUGUAAAUCUUCCAGCACUCAAGAAGCUAGAUGCAAUGCUAAUUGGCAUGUUGGAUGCCUUUUCUGGUUGUGAAUUUUAUUAUGUUGACCGAGGGAUACUUGUCGCCGAUGGAGAAGAUUUUGAAGCAUAUCCUUGUUCCCCCUCCUCUCAUAGACCUUCCAUUAGGCUUGAAGAGAAAUGGUGGCUACCAUUCCCAAAGGUCCCACCAAAAGGUUUGUCAGAAGAGACAAGGAAACGACUGCGGCAGUGUAGGGAAUGCACAAAUCAAAUUUUCAAGGCAGCUCAGGCUAUCAAUGCCAGCACACUAUCUGAAAUGGAAGUACCAACAGCUUACCUGGAGAGCUUGCCAAAGGGUGGGAAGGCGUCUUUAGGGGAAAUCCUCCACCGAUAUAUUACUGCUGAUCCGUUCUCUCCAGACUGCCUACUUGAUUACUUGGACCUCUCAUCAGAGCAUACGACUUUGGAAAUUGCGAACAGGAUUGAGGCUGCUAUGCAUGUUUGGCGGCAAAAAUGUGAAAAGAACGUGAACCAGUCCAAAUCUGGAAAGUCCUCCUGGGGUGGCACCGUAAAGGGGCUUGUUGGUCUUAAGGAAAGAUAUCAACUCUUGUCACAGCGAGCUGAGAACCUGCUGAGGAACUUAAAGCUAAAUUUCCCUGGCCUUCCUCAAACUGCAUUGGACAUGAACAAGAUUCAGUAUAACAGGGAUGUGGGACAUUCGAUCCUUGAGAGCUACUCUAGGGUGUUGGAGAGUUUGGCAUAUAACUUGAUGUCAAGGAUUGAGGAUCUACUAUAUGUAGAUGAUGCCACAAGACGGCGUGCAGCUGAAGAGUCAGUAACAAUGCUCGACCAGCAAAGACUCUUUAAUAACACACGUUCCCUACAGAAUCAGGUUCCUUCUGGUUCCAAUUUGGUCCGAAAUAUAUCUCUUCCGUCUUACCCAAAAGCACUCAGUUCCUCAGACAUAGUAGCUGAAAGCCUCAAGAGAACACCUCAGUCAAUUGGACAUGUUCUUAGAUCUGAGAAACACAAAGCACUAAGUUUUUGAGGACUCAGAAAGGUGAUAGUAUAGGCGUAGACUACAAUGACAAUUGACUACGACUUUGAUGAUCAUAGUAUCUUAUGUGCUUGCAACAAGGCUAGUAAGCACUUGUAUUUGCAGUUCUAGAGAAUUAGGGGCCAUUAGCGUUUAGAGAAUGGUUACAUCAGUCUAACUGUUUAGGUAUAUAGCUGGUACUUAAAGUUUCUAGAUAAUGAGAAAACCAAAUGAUUAAGAUGUGGUAGUGGGAUAAUUUCUUGAAGGUAUAUUCUGUAUCUGGACAUAUAUAUGUGUACUGUUAGAAAGAGCUUGUAUGAUAUCCAUCUAAACUUCGACCUUCUAUUCCACUAAGCACCCACGUGGGUAAAAUUUUGACA